ACAUUCAACAUGACAUCUACUGACCACGUGACCUAUUAGUAUAUACUGCCCCAAGUGGUCUCACAAAUAUAGAACUUGGUUCCACUACACAUGCAGUACUGUACAGAUUUACUGUUGAUGUUGGCUUGAAUUUUAAUAGCGAAAGUAAUCUGAGAAAUAUGGGAAACUAAAGUGAAUGACAUGUUAGAAAGACAAGCAGGAUUUUAGGAGCCUCCGUAAGCGUAACAGUAUACACACAUCGUGAUGGAACGACCAAGUUCUCAAGCGGGCAGACGAGGUCCAAGGAGAAGUGUUGCUGGAUAUGAACACAUUGAACAAACACAAGAACUAAUGACAUCUAUUAUUCAUGAACUGGUGCAUACUGGGGACAUCACUGCUCUAAAGGAGGAAUUGAAAAGAGAUAAAAAGUUGAUAGAAUGUGUAAAUAGUGAAGGUAUGACCCCCCUGUUUGUUGCUGUCAGUACUGGUAAUCUAGAGUUAGUGCAGUUUUUGGCCACUUCUGGUGCGUGUCUUGAUGCUAAAGAUAACCUUGGUAGGACUGCUUUAGCAUUAGCUGCUUAUCAGGGCUGGUAUGAUGGUGUUUACUACCUGUUAGCUAUUGGGGCUGACCAAACUAUUGUGGAUAACUGUGGCAGGGUUCCUCUGCAUGCUGCUACUUACUACAGCAAUGAAAAAACUGUCGAAAUUCUACUUCAACAUCUUUCUCAGGAGUCUAUUAAUGCAGCAGACUGCGAGGGUAUGACUGCACUUCACUGGGCUGCUUUUCAUGGUAGAGCCGACCUUGUCAAGAUAUUAGUGGAGAAUGGUGCUGAAGUCAUUGCUCGUGACAACGAAGGCAAGACGCCACUGCACUGGGCUGCCCAGAACGGGAGUGUAGAGUGUUGUCGGACUAUCUUGAAUACCAUUCCUGGUCAGCACCUGUUGAAUGGCAAAGAUUUCUCCGGAAAGACUCCCCUUCAUUUUGCCGCAGCCGCCGGACAUCUGGAUGCGUUACAAGAAUUGAUCCGCGAGAAGUUUGCCAAUAUAGGGCUUGGUGACGGUGAAAACAGGACUCCUUUACACUGGGCAGCGGCUACUGGGAAUGCGCAUUGUGCUGUAGCAUUACUACGCGCAGGCGCAGACAAAGACUGUGUGGACAAGAAUGGUAUCUCACCUCUUAUGUAUGYACAGCAAAAAGGACAUAAAGUAUGCGGUAACUUGAUAUUCAAUCAUGAUCCCGAUAACCCUUUAAAUACUGAAAUGCCAGAAUGUACAGAAAUAGUGAAGGCUAGCACACCACCAGAGAUUCACAUCGACUCAUCACCCAGUAGGAUAAUAGGUGGUGUAAAGGGAUUACCGAAUGGAAUGAGCGCCAAUACAAAACAGGACCACGCUGUUGGGAAGAACGCUGAUGCUGAAGAUAAUGAAGUACGAGAGAUUCUUUGUAAGACUGUUGAGGCAGUAGAAGUGCUCGUAGAAGUGAAUAACAAUUCUGAGAAAGACGAAGAGAAAGGACGCGUCUCAUCUCUACUGCAUGAUUUACGUAAAAGUAGCACAAGUGACUGCAAAUCACCAUCAACUUCACCGUGGCUUACUACAGUUCAUUCAAAUAUGAACGGAAAUCUCAGUGACGGAGACAGUACAGGGUACAGCAGUGAUGACGAAUUCAGAUACCCCCCUCAAAUGGUCCUCACACCCAUUCCAGGCUCCUCUCCCCUUCCUACAGAAGAUGACAAUAACAACGUUGAGAAUCAGUCAGUCAAGCCUCCGCCUCCACUACCGAGGUUUAGUUUCGAGGAAAACAUACACGCACCGUUUUUAAAGCCUCCAGCAACCGCUUCCGUCCUAGCACCGAUCAAGCCACGGAAAGUCCCCGAACGUUUACGACUAGACGUCGGCUAUAACCCUUCCACAGCCCGAUCAUUCGAAUUUAAACCAGUAUCUCCUUCGACGGAAUCAACUCUCGCUCCACUAAAAAUUACUAAGGUAAAACAACAAACCGCUGUCCCAGUCAAGCAGCAGACUCUUCCCAUGAUGCAACAGUCAACCCCAAACAGACAGUUAGUCAUGUCACCCACCAAAUCCCAGCGUACAACAUGGUCUGCAAAGAGUAGAGAGGGUAAUUCUGAUUCCUCAGACGUCACUAGCUUUUGGGCAAGAAAAAAGAAACCAGAAUCUUUAUUCAAGCCCUCGUCAUCUAGUUCUAGGUCUAAACAAAUGAAUCGUUCACUGUCGAUCCCCGAGGAGCACCGAUCAGGAUCGGGUAAAGGCGCCUCAGGAUAUACCGACGGAACAGAUUUCAGGCAACUUGAUUCUGAAAGUGAUUUUCGCAAGCAGAAAGACAAGCAGCCACCAGCGAGUAUAUCAGGAGGGCAAAUGCUACCCGCCAUAGCUAACGAUAAACCUAAUCGUGUAUCACAAGUACAAGGAUCUCUACGGGACCAAAUCGCAGCAAGAUUCAGAAGAUCCGUAAAAAAGAAAUCUUCAAAAAAUAAAAAUGUUCAUAGUAUGGACAGUAUGGACGAAGGAUAUGAAGAAGAAUCUAGACCACCAAAAACAAAAGAAAAAAAGAAAAUCAGGAAAGUCAUGAGUUGGAACACUUGAGGUGAAUUAGACCCUAUUGAGUCAGUAGUAGAACUGAAUGGUCAACAGAAUCGUACGCGGGGGAAAUAUUUUUUGGCAGCCACAAAAGGGAAAGAAAUUAUGAUAGAAUGUUUAUAUUCUGUUCUACUGAAGUUGAAUUUCUCUUUCCCAAUACCUGUGUAACUGUUGGUCUUCAGCAUCAGUAAAGCGAAAGGCUCGGAGCUUAGACUGUUUCGGAUUUGCCUCCUUGAAACAAAAAAAACUUGUUUAUCUGGUUUUGUUGACGCAUACCACGAGGAACGUCAGGCUUGAUCGAUAUCUUGACAAAUCAUUCUCGGUAAAGAUUAGAAUAUUCUAUAUUUCCUGAAGUAUUUAACUGAAUAGGUUAUGAUAUAGUUCGGUUAAGUCUGGAAAUAAUUAUUUUCCAUUUCAAACCACGAGUCAUUCCCUUGAGUAAUUUUUCUUUCUCUGCCUUUCCCUUUUGAGGAGGCGCAUUAAUAGAUGCUUCUGAUAUAUAAAACAGCAAGCAAAGAAUAAUAUCCUCAAGAGAAUGACACAUGGUUCACAUGGAAGUGAGUAAGGUUACGUCGCCAAAACCAAAUUGGUCCACAGGGUGGGUUUGUACCCAAGCUGGACCCGAGUGCAUCUUGUUUAUUGAACCCAACUGCCUAUACGAAGCAGUAUGGGCAAGGCAACCCUUUAAAGACAGUCCUGGUUCUCGGUUUUAGCCAUGGAACGGUUUUGUACAAUAAAUAACUUGAAACUAAGUAGCAAGGGAAUCCUCUUUAACGCGGCCUAAACACUAGCUCUCAAAAUGAGAAGUGGAGUUUUUUUCUAAUGGAACCAACGGAUUGAUUGGAUUGAACUCAAAGUAUCUCGCUCGGCUGAUGCGCUUUGCCUCCUCACGGUGCAUGCGCAGGCUCGCUCAGGCCAUGAAACUUACUUUGGAAUAUCUAGGGGGGGACCCUUAAAAAAAUAAUUUACAAUAAAGUGAUAAACUAGCUGUAAAAACAAUUUUAGUAUCCCAAAUAAAUGAUAAACUACACUUGAAAA